AUGGCUUCUGAGAUAACACAAGAAGAAGAUGAAGAAAACCCUGUUGACAAAGAAGCAGAAAAACAAAAGAUUAGGCAGAUUAUAGACUACCAAAAAUCCCUAUAUUUUUCAUCGUCGUCGUCGUCGUCGUCUUCUUCUUCAUUCUCUGCUUCGAGGAGUUCACUUUCGUCCCCUGGAAAAAGUAGAAAUCUGUUAGGGUUGAUGAAAGAAGGAAGCACCUCUCUGAGAAGAUUGUUUGACAUGGAACAUACAAGUUUGGGAAAUUAUUUCAAGGAUUACAGUGGAUCACCAAUCAUUAAGCCUAUUCUUUUGUGGGGAAGUGAGUCUGACGAUGGAAUUCAUGAUGAUCCAUGGAUGGAAAUAAAGCAAAUAAAAGGCAGUUCUGAAUCAAGAAUUGAUGAUCAAAUUAGGGUGGUUUCAUCAAAGGGAAGUUCUGAUGAUCAAGAGAUUAUUCACAAAAGAAUGUCGAGAAUCCGUAGACGAAAGUUGACAAGGACCAAGUCUUAUAAGAGAUUGCCAAGAUUUGUUUUCUGGAGAUUUGGAGGGUUCAGAUUCAGAUUGAGAAAAUUGAAGGUUAUGAUUUGUGGUAGGAAGUUCUAA